GCGGGAGGCGGGACGGGGCGGGGAGAGCGGCGGGGCCGGCGGAGGACGCGCAGCGCCCGGGGAGCCCAGGUCCAUGCCGCCCGCGCCCGCGCCCCUGCCGCCCGCGCCCCCGCCCCGCCGCCGCGCCCCCCGCCCGGCCCCCAGGCCAUGCCCGCGGGGCACGCGCCAAACUUUGCGGGCUCCGCCGAGGGGCCGCGGCCGCCCCGCGCUCCGGCCAGGAGCCUUCACGUAAAUGGGUCCAGUCAUGCCUCCCAGUAAGAAGCCAGACAGCUCAGGAAUCAGCGUGUCUAGCGGGCGGAACCAGUGUUACCGCGGCCGCAGCGUCUCCAAGGCCCUCCAGGAAGACGAUGACCUCGACUUCUCUCUGCCGGACAUCCGCUUAGAAGAGGGGGCCAUGGAAGAUGAGGAGCUGACCAACCUCAACUGGCUGCACGAGAGCAAGAACCUGCUCAAAAGCUUUGGGGAGUCGGUGCUGCGGAGCGUCAGCCCCUUGCAGGAGCUGGACGAUGACACGCCCCCAUCCCCUGCCCACUCUGACCUGCCCUACGAUGCCAGGCAGAACCCCAACUGCAAACCCCCCUAUUCUUUCAGCUGCCUCAUUUUUAUGGCCAUUGAGGACUCUCCGACCAAGCGCCUGCCAGUCAAGGAUAUCUACAACUGGAUCUUGGAACAUUUUCCGUAUUUCGCGAACGCGCCGACUGGGUGGAAAAACUCAGUGAGACAUAAUUUGUCCUUGAAUAAGUGUUUUAAGAAAGUGGACAAAGAGCGGAGUCAGAGUAUUGGGAAAGGGUCCUUAUGGUGCAUAGACCCAGAGUAUAGACAAAACCUAAUUCAGGCUUUGAAAAAGACACCUUACCAACCACACGUGUUCAACACCCCUCCCGCCUCUCCUCAGGCCUAUCAAAGCACAUCAGGUCCACCCGUCUGGCCAGGCAGUAACUUCUUCAAGAGAAAUGGAGCCCUUCUACAAGAUCCUGACAUUGAUGCUGCCAGUGCCAUGAUGCUUUUGAAUGCUCCCCCUGAGAUACAAGCAGGUUUUUCUCCAAGUGUGAUACAGAAUGGAGCACGGGUUCUGAGCCGAGGCCUGUUCCCCGGAGUCCGGCCUUUACCCAUAACUCCCAUCGGAAUGCCUGUGGCCCCCAGGAACGGCCUCCCAGGCUGCCGCAUGCGGACUGAGAGCGAGCCAUCGUGUGGCUCCCCGGUGGUCAGCGGAGACCCCAAGGAGGACCACAACUACAGCAGUGCCAAGGCCUCGGCCACCAGGAGCACGUCGCCGGCCAGCGACUCCGUGUCCUCCUCCUCGGCUGACGACCACUUGGAGUCGUCCACCAAGGGCAGCCAGGGGGGCAGCGAGGGCAGCUUGCAGAGCCCUGAGAGCCACAGCGAGCCGGAGGAGGACGAGCGGAGACACGGCCCCCAGGAGGCCAAGGAGGGCCCAGGGGAUGGCGGCCACUGUCCCCAGCACAAGAAGCGCCAGCACUUCGCCAAGGCCAGGAAGGUCCCCAGCGACACGCUGCCCCUCAAAAAGAGACGCACGGAGAAGCCCCCCGAGAGUGACGACGAGGAGAUGAAGGAGGCCGCGGGCUCCCUCCUGCACUUGGCAGGGAUUCGCUCGUGUUUGAAUAACAUCACCAAUCGGACGGCAAAGGGACAGAAAGAGCAAAAGGAAACCACAAAAAAUUGAAAGGAAGACAAGACCGCAACAAAGAGACAAAAACAAAAAACAAAAAAACAAGUCACUGAUUUGUUUUGAACUUAACGGCCAUUUGGUUUCAGCAUGUCAGGAGAUUUCUAAUGAUUUGUGGCAAUAUCAGCAGUUUAUUAUGCUUUUUUUUUAUUUGGUUCUCUUUUUUUUUUUCUCUCUCUCUCUCUUUCUCUUUCUUUUUUUUUUUAUUUGCCCUCCUUUGUUUCGGACCCCUGAGAAUUUUUAUUUUUAAAGGAGAUUGAAGCCAUAGAACUCAUUGACACUCAGCUGUUUUACAAAAGCUUUUCAAUAAUCUGGAGACAAAAACCGAAAACACCAAAAUGACCAUUGUUCCCUCCAGCUUGGCAGGUGUGGGCCGAGUGGGCAGGGGGUCAGGGAGGGCGGCACAGGAUCACACAAACCACGGUCACCUCUCAGGCCCAAUCUUCAGGCCUGAAAGGGCAGGCCGUCCACCUCAUGGGGUUUCACUGAGAGAACCUGCUGAAGGUCACUGGGGCAAAGGAAGAGCCCCAUCCCCUCAGAGCAGAACCAAGCUUGUUUCACCAGGCCUGGUCAGGUAAGCCCUUGGCGUUGCCUCACAGUGAUGCACAGGUGGCUGGCUUCUGGUCCUGUCUGGCCUCAGGCUCUGAGGAGGACGAGGUCGGUUUUGAUGAUGUUACUCAUCCUUGGGUCCUGUGCUAUGUGAAAUGAAGAGAGUUUCCACAAGCCAUAAGUCUGGAGGUUGACUCCCCCUGCACACACGUGUGUACGUACACACACACACACACACACACACACGAAAGGACACACACACACAGAGAGAAAGCACGCCGUGUCUUCUUAAUUACCCAAGUGAAAAAAAUCGAAUCCAGGAAAGUCUAUUAGCUGUAAAGGAAGGAAAUCAUGAUGCAGAUCUUUCUCUGCCUGUCAAACUAUUUGAUCCAAGUUAAAAAGGAAAAACAGAAGCAAAAACAAAAAGCUACAGAACCUGCCAUUCAUAGUUUGAUUCGUUCUUUAACAGAUGAAAGUUGCCUUGAUGGACAAAAACAAAAAGGAAAAAAAUGGCAAAAUUAAAUUAUUUUAAGGAGAAAAGGCAAGCUCCCGUACUGCCCUCAAAGUGGAGUUUGCAGUUAAUGUCAGGAUUCAUCUUUGCAAAAAUCAGUGAUUUCCACACUCACUCAGUAUAGCCAGCAGAAAUUUCCAGUCCACAAUGCAUAGAUUCCUUUGAAAAAAGAAGAAAAACACAGCUUUUUUUUUUUAUUCAGAAGUAUCAAAGUUCUUGUAAGGUGAAUAAUGUAUUUAGCAUGAAGCAUGAAUUAUUUUCAUAUAAAUAGAGAAAAUAGAGAAAAGGCUAUGCCUCUAAUUUUUAAGCCCUUAGGCUUAGAGGUUCUUUUGGUUUUCUUCUUUUUCUCCCCCCACCUUUUAUUUUGUUUAUUUCUCCCAACUGUUUUGUUUUGGUUUUUUUGAAGCAAGUGUUUAAGGUUUAACCUUCUUCAGGGACAAAUUCUGACUGUUGGGGAACUUACUCUGCAAUAUAAAAUAUCUUCAUAUUCUGGUAGGGCCUGAAUGAUGGAGCUCUGUACUGCCUUGUCUGCACUUCAGCCCCCUGACCCCUCUGACUCUGUUGAAAAGUCUGUCCUUUCUCUUUGUCUGUACGUGUUUACCAUGAUGCAAUAAUUUGAGGGCAAACUUAGUAGUGAGUGUGUCAAGAGAAUUAUAGGACACUGACUUGAAAAAAAAAAAAAAACAUGACCGUGAUUUGGUUCUAGGGGAAAAAUAAUAAUAAUAAUAAGGCAGUAAAUACUUAUGCAAAUUCACCAGAAGAAGGGGAAGCACAUAAUAGGCCUUAUUAGAUUAGGGUGUGAGUGAGUUAGGGGAGCUGUGAAGGAGGAAGUGAUGCUGGUGUUGGAAGAACCAGCCCCAGAUGGCUAGAUGGCUUCCUGCGCCGCCACGUUCACAGAGGGAAGAAGGGGUCUGCUCUCUCCACCACUUCCAGCACACCAGCCAACCAACCAGGAAUUAAGCCCCAACUAGGCUGUGAGAGCAGCAGGAAACAGCCAGGUGGUGUUACAUAGACCAGGAACGUCCCCUGUGACGCUGCCUAGGAGAAGUUAUUCUGGGGGGGGGGGGGGGGGGAGGGUGGGGAGAUCCAAAGAGAACUCUCUCAGAGAAUGUGACCUUCCACCAGAAUGGAGGGAAGUUCCAAGCAAUAUAUCCUCUUGCGUGGCUCAGGCUGUGGUGGGGAGAGAGCAAGGGAAUGAGAGUCAUCUAGAUUUCUUCGUUGUUUUCAUUUGGCUGUUGUUGUUGCUUAAGAAGGGACAGUCGAGGGCCCCUGUGGAGUCCGGCUGCCAGUACCAGGCACUGUCAGGACUUCCAACUGCCAGACAGUGGGGUAAGCUGGUGUGUGUGUGUCCCACACCCCGCCACGUAUCCCCUUGGGUGGGUCAGAUAGCCCACAGCAGUUAUGUUCAGGGUGUCAACGGGAGCCAAGCUCUAUUUUGGAAAUGCUCAAACCUUCCCCUCUCCCCCAGACACCUGACACACCCCAAAAGCCACCCACAGCAGUGGGACCUGAACAUCUUGUGUUGUCACCAGACCAAAACCUCCAGAUCUGCCCUCAGUCCCUCAGCCUCCCUCAGCCCUAAGAUGAAACUCAGAACCUGCUCCCCACCACCCCCAAACUCCCCUCCUGGAAGGCAGAGGCAGGCAGGCCGCAGGGCUAUUUCUGGCAGGAGGCUUCUCCCAGUGGAGACCUACAAUGGGCUGCUCUCCUCAUUUCAUUUCCUGAAGGCGCCGAGGCCUCUUUUAGGAAAUAAUAAAAAUGUAAUGUGUGUGAUUUACUUUUCUGAUCUCUUUUUGAGAAAUAGAUAACUAUAAAAAGUGCGUUCUUAACUCCAGAACCACUCUGCAUAAAAAUACCUCAUCCAGCAGCUUUCCAAGUGUUAUUUUCCUGGGUCUCUGCUUCCUGGGAGGGACCCGGGGGGAGGGGGGGAAAUCUUUCGUGAGGGUACUUUUUUCUAUUUUUCUUCUGUUUUUGGAGGCAUACACGUUAUGCAUAACCAAAACAAUGGCUCCAUCAUGUUCCGCUCUGUGUUUUGAUUGUUGAAACACACACAGACACACGCAUAUCAAUGUGUAUGUGGUCCUUUGUAGUGAAUCCAUUUUUAAAAUGAGGUCCUCCAUGGCCUUCCCAAGCCAAGGGGCAGGAGGGACCCCCCACACACACACACACCCCAGCCCCCUCCUCCGAGAGCAGUAGAGAACUUAAGCACAAGCCUAUUUGUGAGAGAAAAUUUUGCUUCAGUAUCAUUUACCUUAGUCUUGGAAUUCCUUCUCAAAAGUCAGGUGAUUUUUUUUUUUUCACUUCCAAACUAGCCUGUGUCUGCACGAGUCUAGCGACUCAGCAGCAUACAAGGGGCUUUCUUUUGUUUGUUUGUUUCAUUCUGUUCUGUUUUUUGGUUUUAGGCUUUCAUUUUUCCCUCCAAGGGGAGCAAUCCAAGUUUUGUAUGUUACUCCAGUAUCUCACAUACUCACCUGGGGCGGGGGAGGGGGGAGGAAAUGGGGAACUAUAGCAAUAUUUAAAGACGCUUUCAGAAAAACAACCGUGAACACAUAACACCGUCAUGUCUACAGUUAACUCACUGUCGGCGCUCAGACCCAUUUAAGAAAAAAAGCCUGACACACACAAAAAAGCUUUUUUCCUUAAAUGAGACGCAUGCAGACAGUUCUCUGUAUGCUACUCCUCUGUCUUUGACCUUUUCAUUGUACUAUAUGGAAUGAGUUUGCAUCCUAGAUUUUCCCAGCCUUAUGAUAUAUCUUAAGCUCCUAUUUCUCCCCCCCCCCAUCACUCACACACACCUAUCAGUAUAUUUUUCAAGUUGUUGAUUUUGUUUUGCUCAAGCUGCUUAUCUGAAAAGUAUAAUGAACCAAACCCAUAUGGAGGUUUCAAAAGAAAAAGGAAAAAAAUACACAGUCCAAACAGCUGUCACAGGAUUCAGCUUUGGGGCUGAAUUUUGAAUAAGGAACAUGCCAUGGAGGGGAGGGACCUGCUGGUUGUGACAGUCUGAGUACAAGGCGCUCUGGGGACAGCACUGUGCUGAAUGACCUUCCUGCCUGGGGCAGCUUCUGGUUCUGGAGAGCAGAAACCAAGCUUUUGAUGGCUUCUGUGCCUAGUUCAGUCCCAAGAUGGCUCCAUGCCAAAUGCUACCCAUUUGCAUUUCUGUGGCCCAGGCCCCCCAUGUGUGUGGGUCUUUAUCCUGGUCAGCUCUGUCUGAGGAACCUACAAGAACAGACCUUCCAUAUGGGAUUGGAUUGAAAUUCAAUGUGACUUCUCUUUCCCUUGAAACUUGAUUCAGGUUGGAACUGGUUUCUUUCUAAGGUGGAUCACAGCUGCCCAGAUGUUGCAACUUUUUUUCUUGUCUCUGUAGAGAAGUGACUGGUUGUUUUUAUUAACCCCCCCUUCACCUUCAGGAUUCUUGCCAUCAAAAGAACACAUGUUGAACUCUCGUGUCCCCUCUCGAUUGUGACUUAACCAGUGUUGACAGUUAAAUCCUUAGUGUCGUAGGUCCCAGCCCUCCAAUACUAUAUCAAACACUGUUAUGCACAUAAUGCAGCACUGUGAUCUAAUUUAAAUAAUACUUUUUUAUUAUUUAUACUACUAUAUAUAAUAUACAUCAACACUUUUUUGCUAUAUAACCUAAGUGAUAACCCUCUUUUAGUUAUCUGCCAAACUCUGGACUUUGGUUUCUAUUGCAGUUAACACAGUUACCAAGUUGUAAUGGCGUCUCUUCUUCCUUUGUGAUGGAAUGUGUAAGUCAAAGUAUAUAACAUUGUGUGGUGUUCUUGUACUUGGAGUUUUCAUGAGGAUUUACACAUGGCAUUCACUGUUGUGUAUAGACCCUCCUACCUGUGUGAAUUCAUCUGUCAACCCCUCUUCCUUUGAGAGAGCACUGGUGAUGGUGGUUAGCUCCUUUCUGUCCCCCCCUUCCUCUCUCUCUCUCUCUCUCUCUUCUCCUCUCUCGCUCUCGCUCUCUCUCCCCUACUGGUUAUUCUUGAAUUAAGCACAGACUGGCCAGCUCGGUUUCUUUAUCAUAAAGAAUGUGUGACCUUGCAAUUCUUCCAUAGUUCAGCAAACAAGUGCUAGCCUCACUGACCAAAAAUUAAGGAAGGAAGAACAAUCCAGUUUUGUUCUGUAAACAAUCCAUCAGUUCAUGGCCGAAACAGAUGUGUCUGUGGUGCUGUAUCUUACUGUCAUACUUUUGAAAUCAGACCUGGGUGAGAGAUGACUUCUGACUUCCUGUGAUAUGUUCACAAAUACCCUUCCUGUUUGUUUUGUUAGUGUUGAAAUCAAGACUAUUUAUUUGGAAACUAUACAGCAGUGGGGUUUUUUUUUUCCCCCACUGUGUUUCAUUUGCAAAAGCUGAGAACUGCCAUUUCCAGCUUUUGCAAAUAAUUGAUAUCCCAUAUUGGAUUCUCAAGGACUUCGAUGUGGUAAACUUAUCAAACCUAGAAAUUGUAUUUCAUCCUUUCAGUGGCCUGAGUUUCUACCCACAACCCCAACACCCACUCGCCCCCCCCCCCUUUUUUUGAGAUGAAACGUAGCACGACUUCAGCUAUCUAAACAUCCACUAGUUCUUGAGUCUGUCUGUUGAGGCCACCUAAGCUCAUAGCUGAUUCAGUAACCAGUAUCACGCUGUGUCUUUCACACUCACUACUUCUACUGCCAUGGUGAAAAAUACAGAGAAAAAAAAACAGAAAGAAAUGUAUCUCUGUGUGUCUGGGAAGCAUUAUGUACACUUGUACAUUUUUAUACUCUGAUUCUGUAACAUUUCUGAAUUUCUGUUUUUGUUCAACAGAAAAUGAUAAUAAUAAUGAUAAUGGUGACAGUGAUAAAGCAAUCAGAAGACCAAGGAGUUUCUGUAAACUCUUGGGGUCCUCUGACCUUUGCUGGCCAAGAGCCCUAUGUGGCCACAUUCAUUGACUAGAGUAAUCAUGUCUCACAAGCCAAUAUUUUUUUCCUGUAUUUUCUGUAUGAAACUGCCAAUAUCAUGACUAGACGAAUAAAAAGGGGAAUGGUGAAGGAGGGAAGGAAGUGACGUUCAGUUGAGUUUGUGUUGCUGAGAGGAUCGGGCGCAAUCGGCCGAACUUGAGGGAGCUGAUGGUGUUGGCUCAGAGCCCCUCCUUGUAUUUCACAUCCUUCAUAUGUAAUCAUAUUGCCAAAGACAAACUAUCUCAUCAUGUAUUGUAAAUAACACUCCCCCUCCCCAGACCUACCAUAAAGUUUCUGUGAUGUAUUGUCUUCCAGUCGCAAUAAAAAAAAAAUGGCCGAGUUGCAUCAGUUGAAGAAACACGCCACCUCGUGUCCUAAGCGCCUGCGUCUCCACGUUGCCAGUGCUGAGCAGUAAAGUCUGUCUGUCUCUCACCCGCA